AUGAGUAACAAGCAGACUGCAUCCUACUUCAAGGCCGCUACCAAAGGCAACCUCAAAAAGAUCAAAGCCCUGCUCAAGAAGGGCACGCCGCUUGGCGCUCAAGAUGCGGAGGGACGCACGAUCCUGCACAUCGCCGCCGAAAAUGAUAAAAUGGAUUUAGUCAAAUUCCUCAUUGAAUACAAAUUCAAUCUGGAUUCGCAAGACAACCAGGGACAGACAGCGUUGUACAGGGCGGUGAUAGCGCGGAAGGAGGCGAUGGCCUACUUCCUCAUCCGCAGCGGAGCCAAUUCCGACAUCCCCACAAAGCACGGCCACACCGUCUGGGACAAGAGCGACCAGUACCUCUCGCGCAGCGCCACCCAACGCAUGCGCAGCGAGGCUGCGAUCCAGCGAUCGAAAGCGCCGCGAGUCUACUACUACCAGGAGCCGUCGGCCUCGACCGCCAAGUGGGGCGACAAGGUGGUCAGCCUCGCCGAUGCCUCCGGCGCCGCAUCCUCUUCCUCCUCAUCUUCAUCAUCCGCCGCUCCCGCGACCGUCGACGCCACGCCCGCGCCCGGUUCACCUGCGUCGCCGCAGCCGGCCGUCGCCAUGCCCAACAUCCAGCCCACUGCGCCCGGCGCGCCCACGUCGGUCACAGGCCUCGCCCCGGCCAUGGGCCGACUGAGUGUCGCCGGCGCCCAGCCCGUCACCGCAUCACCGGCACCAUCGCCGGUGGCGCAGGUGCAGUCGCUCUCGCCCGGCGCCCUGUCGCGGUCCGUCGACCAGCAGCGCGCGCCGUCGCCCCAGGCCCAGCCGCCGCCGGUCGACCCGUUCGGCGGCAGCGACAUGGGCACCCGGCUGAAUGCGGCGGCGGCGGGCGUGGCGGAGCUCGAGUCGGCGCUGGAGGAGAUGGUGGAGGCCAUGUCACACCUCGCGCUCGGCGCUGCGUCGGUGCCGUUCGGCGACCAGGAGAUCCUCCUGCUCAACUCGUCGCUGGUGAGCUUCUCGAGCGGGCUCCGCGCGCUCAAGCGCGCCAGCCAGCAGGUCGGCGGUGAGGUCGAGUCCGCGGCCCAGCGCGCCAUGCAAAGCGUGUCGGGCCUCUCCCUCGUCCUGCGCCAAAUCAACGGAGAUCCCGGAGCGAUAACGCCAUACAAGAACCUGGGCGACAUGGCCAAGCGAGGCACGCAUGCGGUGUCCAACGUCCAGUUCUCGCUCGUCGGUCAGAUCGGCGCCGAGACGGCGUCGGCCGUGCAGGAGACCGCGGUGGCCACCAAAGCGCUGCUGCAGGCCGCCCUGCAGCCCACGUCCGACAUCGCCCUGCUCAAAUCCUCACGUCUCGCCGCCGCCAACGCCAUCAACUUGAUGCGGGAGGUGUAUCGAACGAUGCUGCGAAUGGGUAACACGCAGGGCCAGGAGCAGGUGGGCGAGGCCGGCUGGACCAUCGGACGCAUCAUGGAGGCCCUCAUCAUCUCCGCCAAGACCGCCUACUCCAACCCCCAGGACCAGGCCGCGCGAAGCAACCUGGCCGCCCUGGCCCGAGCCCUCGCCGAACAGUACCACAAGCUCUCCACCCUUUCCUCACAACAAUCGACGAUUGCGGAUAUGAACGCCGGGGGCGACGAGUCGGCCCACUUCGCUGUGGCCCUGCGACAGCUCGCUGCGGCCUCGGCCCGCUUGUCCUCGCCCUCCGCCCCCGCCCCACCACCCCAGCCGCGCGAGCGACAGGCCGCUGCCCUCAUCGCUCAAGUCGCGGCGGAGCUGAACAACAAUGUGUGCAAGGCGCUGGUGGAGCCGAUCGACCCCGGGCGCGUGAUCAAGGGCGCGCGAGAGGCCACAGGCAUGGCCACGCAGAUGAUCUGCAUGGCCCUCGUCACCGCCAACGCGCUGGGCGGCCAGGAGCCCGUCCUCGCCGCUCAGAUCAACCUCGCCACCAAGACCGCCGCCUAUUUUGUGACACAAAUCAAGCUUUGGACCAACGCGCGAGCCCUGCGAGUCAUGGAGCCACGAAACGCGCUCGGGCUGGCCCACGCCAUGCGCGCACUCGCCGCCACCCUCGCCCUCUUUGCCGAGACGCGUCUCUUCUGA